AUGGCUGCUGCAUACCAGCGACUACCUCAGUUAAAUAAUCUAGGUUUACCACAAAAUCCAUUAGUAUUUUCAUCGAAUUUUCAAACACAAACUCCAUCCAUGAAUAUUAGACAAACUCCAUAUCAAUUUCAAAAUCAACAAUUAGGAACUACUCCAAUAUUCGGGUAUCCAGGACAUCAACAGCAGCCGUAUGCCCAAAUAUCAAUGAUGCAACCGCUACCACCACGAGGACAAUCGAUGCCAGUUCCCCUUAAACGUUAUCCGCACUCUACUGGUACGCAACGACAGUCGGGACCUCGACCGCUUCCCACAAAUGAACAAGACGCUUUUUCAGCACCGGUUGGAAAUAGACCUUUCAAUAAUCACAAUUCAAGAGGGCGAAAACAUCACAGACGACGCAGUAUAUCACCAAACGCUGAUGAUUUAUAUUCUGAUCGCGAAAGCCGUGUGCAACGUCGAGAUCAUCAACAACAAAAACGACGCACUCUAUCUGGUGAUCAACGUUUUAGUUCAGAUCGAAGUAGAAGUCAAUCUAAUUCACGUGAUAAACACGAGCAAAUAUUCAAUCGCAGUCCGACAAAUGAAAAACCAGAAGAACAACAGGAAAGUGUUGAUGGCAAAGAGAAAUCGUCCUCGAAAAAGAGUAAAAGACGUCACGAUAAAUUUGCUCGGCGUACUGGUGAAUAUGGUGAUAGUCAAUGGAUGAGACUAUCGUCACAACAACAGACUGAUAUUUAUGGAGAUAAUCAAAGCGAACUACCGCAUCAUAUGCGGGUUCAUAGACAACCACUUUAUAAUGGUUAUCAUCAAGCAUAUGAAGAAUCCUUAAGACGUGGCGAUUUAUAUCGUAAACAGGCAAAACGGUAUAUGCGUUUAGCACCCGAAAUCAAACAACAACUUUUACCACAUGAAGAUGAUUUACAACGUAAUGAAAUAUUAAAUCAAAAUCGCCCGCCCUUUUACAAUUCUCAUCAACAGUCCUAUAAUCCAAGACAUCAAUUUGGCCCUCCGUUCAACAAUAUGGGUGCUCAGCAACCGGGUGUUUUCUUUGGUGGUGGACAGCAACAACUGCCGCCCUUUUCAGGACCUCAGAUACCAAUUAACACUCCAUUUUCAAAUAUUCCAAUGCAACCAGGCCCAAUGGGACAUCCACCUCCACAAACAGGACCUGCUGAAAGAGAAAUUCGCCGAUUACGAGAUCAUAUUUACACACUAGAAGGAGAACUACAUAAAUUACAGAAAAAAUUAAACAAGGUAUCAUUGGAUGAUCCAAAGAGCGUCAGAAGUGACACUGAACGUAUGCGAAACAAAAGUGGUGAACAACAACAACCACAACAGUCAUAUCGAGAACAACGGAGAAGACGAUCACACGAAAACAGAUCACCACGACAGACACCAGUUAUUGUUGAAUUAAAUAAUGAAAAAGAACAAAAACAUCGGCGAACGGUUAGUGGUACCAGUGGUCAACCACAAACAUCACCAAGAGCAACCGGAACUGAAGGCAUUUCAACUAGUAGUGGUGGUGGGUAUGGUGCACCAUCGGAAGCAACAAAUGAAAUACCAACAUCAGCUGCUUUUACUCAAUCCCACAGUCCAUCACGUCAAGCCGAAAGUGAAAGACGUUCAAAAUCGCGAGAAAGAUCGGGCACUAAUCAACGUUCAGACUCUGACAACCGUCAAGCAAAAAAUUCAAAAAAAGAACGUGAAGAAACGGCAUCAAAAUUAGCACAUGCAGCUGCGGCACGAGUUAAUGGACGAGGAAAUGGAAGUCAACAACAUGGUCCGCCUCCACCUCCUCCGCCUCUCCCAAGUCAGCAGCAACGAAGUAAUUUUGGCCCACAGCAACAAGUACAGGGUGGGCAAAAUCGUCAAGGUCCAAUGCCUCCAUAUGUGCAACCACCGUUUCAAAUAAAUCAUCGCUAUCCAUCGACAAAUAUAACUAAUCCUUUCUCUCAACACCAACAACAGCAACCACAUCAACAACAACAACAACAACAACAACAACAACAACAACAAUUUCACUAUCCAAACCAAAAUUAUAAUCAAUCAAAUAAUAAUGAUUUAACUUACAUAGAAGAUUCUGACGAUCUUCAAACUAACACUGUUAAACAGAAAGCCACACGUGGACGAGAUGUAAUGCAACAAAAAGAUAAAUCUGCCGAAAAAAUUUUAGAUGCAUUUGAAAGAUUUUAUGCAAAAAAUGGUAAGACAACCAUUCCAAUAAAAGUAAAAUAUAUACCAGAAUCUCAAAAAGUUAAUCAACAACAAAAAUUUAACAACAAUAGACAAUCAAACAUGUUUAAACGACGAUCCUCGUCAUCAGCAACAUCGACAUCACCAUCAUCGAAUUAUGAUAAUCAUCAUAACAAACAAAAUGGAGAAAGAAUACAAAUUAAAGAGGUACUGUAA